UGGCGCAGUCAUGAGUGUGUUUCUCUUAAAAGGCAGCGAGCUAUUGGUUACACCGGUAUGGUAUGUUUCAGUUCAGCAGAUAGGAGGAAUAUAUACAAGAAGGACGGAAAAAUGAUAAUUGUGGUGUAGAAGACCUACCAAAUCAAAUCCCCACAACUCUGCAGUCUACCAUGAGAUCUCAGAGUCAGCCUUCAGAACAAUCAACAAUUUCUUCUAGCAAAAACCAACUUUCAGAAGUACAUUCACUUAUGGAAAAAGCAACCGAAAUCCCAGAGAGGUUUACUCUUCCUAAAAUAGAGGAAUCAAGACCUGCUCAGCGAAAAAGACAGCUUCCAGAAUGGAUGCUGACAGCAGAUCUAAUGGUUUCAAGCCAGUCAAUCUCAGCCUCUAAAAAUGGUAGUAAUGAAGAAGAAAAGCCAGGUGUAAGUAAAAAGCAGAAAAUUCUUGAAAGUGAAGAUUCUGCCCUUCUAAAAGAGGGGGUAUUUACUAAAGAUGUUGCAAAGAAAAUGCCAAGGAAUGGAAGUAAAAAAAUAUCUCAGAAACUUGAAAGUUCGUUUGAGCAAUUUAACAAUGAGCUGGAUGAUGAAGAGAUGGACCUGGACCUCAAGUCAGAUGAACAAGCAUCUCAGUCUGCUCAAGUACAUACAACAAAUAUAAAAGAAAACAAAUUGGAGAUUGCUAAUGCUAAAACCAGGCAGGUUUAUAAGGAAAAGCCAUCACAAUCAUUACUCAGUCAGGAUGAUAUUCAAGAGACUACUCUGAAUCAGACUACUGGAAUAGAUACUUCAAAUAUAACCGAAAGUCAGGAGAUGCAACAGAGGAUUUCCCAGAGGAUUUCUUGUCAGUAUGGGAACAGCUGCUACAGAAAGAAUCCUAUACAUUUCCAGCAAUUUAGUCACCCUGGUGAUAGUGAUUAUCAUGACUUAGAAGCUUUAACUCAGGUUGAUGAUGAUAGGCCUGAAUGUCCUUAUGGAACAGCUUGUUACAGAAAAAAUCCACAGCACAAGUUGGAAUAUAAACACACAACUCCUCCUGAAUCUGAUAGAAGGCAGAGAUCAAAAGUUACAAGAAAAGUAAGAAGUGUUCUUGCGGAUGAGAGUGAUGAUGAUGGUGAAGCAAAUGAAUACAACUUGAAUGACAGUUUUAUAGAUGAUGAAGAGGAGGAAGAGAGUGAUCCUACUGAUGAAGAUUCUGAUUGGCAACCAGAUUGUCAAGACAAUGAUGGUGAAGAUAUGGACAUGCUUCUCAAAGAAGCACAGAAUUUUGUUAAAACCAAGAAUUAACGAUAUUCAAAUAUUUUGAUAGAGUUUAUAAAGCAUCCUUCACAAUAUGAAACAUGUAUCCCAUUAGGUGAUAAUGUCACUUUUUAAAUAGUGACUUACUUUAAUUUUACUUUAUAAAAUGGGAUUAUAUAUGUACAUUUCAAAAUUUCAUGACUCCAUAGCUGAUAAUGCUUGUGAAAAAAUCUUAUGUGUUAAGGAGUACACUUAAGAUUGCUGGAUUAAUAUCAUUUUUGUAGUGAUAGGUGUGACUUUGUGAUUUAAAGUGAUGAAUGCUUUCCUAAACUUUGUAUUAACACAUUUCAUUGCAUAGAUGGAUAAAUAAUAACUUCAUAUUGGUAAUGGCACUGAUUUGGAUUUCAUGUCUUUAUUCUAUCACUGAUAAUAAAACUAAGAGUAACUGCACUUUUUGUAAUAUGUUGUUUAACAUUGCAAGUGAUAUUAUUUCUAUUUAAGAAGAAAGUAUAUAAAUUUAUUCUGAAAGAUAA